CUGGGACGUUCCCGGGGCGCGCGGCGCUCGCCAAUCGCUCUCUCCACGGCGGCGCCCUGCGAAACCGCAGUUCCCAAGAGCUGUGAUUCCCAGGCUGUCUCGGAGUUGCACCCUGAUUCCUGACGCACAUCCCCGAGGUGGGUCCACCUUUCUACAAGAAGAAAAGUUUGGUGGUGAACUAUCCGGCAACAAUAGGAGUUGUGUCCGUUCAUAACAACAAGAAGAGGGGAGGCAAAUUCCAGCCUUUUAAGAAGUUAUUUGGCAAAAGGAAAAAGAAAGGCACCCCGUUGUCUCGGGAGGAAUCGGCUGGGAGGCAGAGUCACCCGCCCCGGAGUGCCAGCAAUGGGACCUUCUCUUCGGAUGAGGAAACCCAGGAGAACAAUCUGAGGUCCUUCAACUAUUCUAUGGGAGCACGGGCGUUCUCCCAUGACAGUAUUUUUAUCCCUGAUGGGGGAGCAGAAAGUGAGCAGACAGUUCAAGCAAUGUCACAGGACAACAUCCUGGGCAAAGUCAAAACUCUUCAGCGACAGUUGGGCAAGAAUAUCAAGUUUGGGCAGCGGCCAUCGAACGCCAUUCCCAUGAAGAAGGCAGGCAGUGCAGACGCUAGCUCAGAGGAGGACUUCGUCCUCACCAGUCCCAUGGAGAUUGUGACUCAGCAGGAUAUUGUCCCCUCAGAUGCGGAGAACAAAUCCAGCGAUACACCAAGUUCCUCAAGUCCUCUGAAUCUACCUGAAGCCGGAAGUGACAUGGAAGAGAAGGUUGCUCCAGUUAAACCCUCUCGGCCAAAAAGGCACUUGUCUUCCGCCGGCACCAUCGAAAGUGUCAACCUCGAUGCCAUUCCCCUGGCUAUCGCUCGUCUGGACAACAGUGCUGCCAGGCACAAACUCUCCGUGAAGCCAAAAAACCAGAGGGUGUCAAGGAAGCACAGGUGGCUUGCCCAGGACCGACAGAAUGAACCGGGCAGCUUUGAGAGUCAGUCCUCCCUGGACCAGAACGGGCAGCUAGGAGAAGACAAGCACAUUUGGCACGGAGAAGAGCCCGAACCUUUGGAAUCCCACGAAGAGAAAAGACUUCAGGAAGAGUACUGGCGGGAACUUGAAGCCAAGUGCAAACGACAAAAAGCCGAAGCCGCUGAGAAGAGGCGCCAGGAAGAGCAGAGGCGGCAGGCGCUGGAGAGGAGGCUUUGGGAGGAGAACCUCAGACAGGAGCUGCUGGAGGAGGAGGAGGACGGGGAGGAGAGCGAUGAGGUGGUUCUGCAGCCGAAGGCAGGGAAGGCACCUCCAGAGGAAGGGCGCCAGUCUGGUCCAGAGGAACAGCGCUGUGCAGAGCAAGAGCUGGGGGGAGCCGAUGAUCCCGCUCGCCUGGAGGCAGAAGAGCGCAGGCGUGAGCAGGAAGAGACCGAGAGGCAAGAGGAGGAACUGAGGCAGCGGGAGGCCGAGAGGCAGGCAGAGGAAGCAAGGCAAUGCGAGGCCGAGAGGCAGGCGGAGGAAGCAAGACAAUGCGAGGCCGAGAAGCAGGAGGAGGAAUUGAGGCAACGCGAGGAGGCUGAGAAGCAGGAGAAACUGAGGCAGCGCGAUGCUGAAAGCCAAGAGGAGGAACUAAGGCAGCAUGAGGCGGAGAGGCAGCGCGCUCAGGAGGAGGACGCCAAGAGAAUACUGCAGGAGGAGGAGGAGGAGGAGGAGGAGGAGGAGGAAGCCAAGCGCAUAGAAGAGCUGAACGGUCGGGAAAAGGAGACACCAGAGCCGCUGGAAGGUCCGCAGAGUCCAGAAGGAGAGAGCCAGUCUUGGCUAACGGAUGACACUAACCAGCGAAGCCCACUGCAGUGGGACCUUGAGAAGCCAGGGGAACGAGAAGACCUGGAAUCCGCAGGGCAGAGAGAGAUCACGGAGGAGCCGAGAGGAGAGGUUGAGCCAGCCGAGCAGAGCGGAGACUUGGGCGCGCACUGCGGUGGUGUGGAUGGGGAAGAGAAAGAAACCGCUCAGAUAGACAGUCCCCAGCCGCAGGAGAGACAUAUAGAAGGAACACCGGCCCUGGAGGAGAAUGAGGCUACUGUGGCAGACAUAGACCGGAAGGUGGAGGAGCUCCGGUGGCAGGAGGUGGACGAGCGGCAGACCAUGCCCCGGCCCUACACCUUCCAGGUAUCCUCCGGGAGUAGGCAGAUUCUCUUCCCCAAAGUCAACCUGAGCCCGGUAACACCCGCGAAGGACGCAAGCCUGGCCCCAGCGGCCCAGGAACCGCCUGCGCCCCGCGGUGCCGCCUCUCACGCCCUGCCGUCAGCACUGAGCAUCCCACACACGGCCAUUCUGGUCACCGGAGCGCAGCUCUGCGGCCCGGCGGUCAACCUGAGCCAGAUCAAGGACACGGCGUGCAAGUCCCUCCUGGGGCUGUCAGAAGAAAAGCGCCCUGUGGACGUCCCCACCGUGGAGUCCAGGGCCGGCAGUGGGAAGGCCAGGCCUGCCCCAGAGUCACCAAGCAAUGCAGCCGCGCUAGCCGAGUGGGCUUCCAUUCGAUCCAGAAUCCUGAAGAACUCGGAGGGCGACCAGCGUGGCGACAGAGAGCCGGCCAGAGCCGGGGACGAGCCAGCGCCUCGAGCGCGGUGCGAUUCCCGAGGGAACGUGCGCAGGACGCCGCCAGUCAACGCCAAGUUCUCCAUCAUGCCUGCCUGGCAGAAGUUCUCAGACAGCAGCACAGAGAUCUUCAGACAGAGCCUGGACGGGGAGAGCGGAAGGAAAAGGCCGGGGCUAGCGCCCAGCGAAGAGACAACACCCCAGCCUCAUGCGGCGGCUCAGCAAGAGGUAAGCCAAGAGCCACCAGACACCACAGACGGAUGCAAAUUUGCCAAAGACCUUCCAUCUUUCCUCGUUCCAGGCCUGCCUUCUCCGCAGAAAGCUGCGUCCCGUACGGAGUCCACGACCACUGUGGACAGCGAGACCACGAGUGACGUGGGAAGCCCAGACCCUGCGAUGCCAGGAGGCGAGGAAAAGGCCUCGCCCUUUGGAAUAAAAUUGAGGAGGACCAACUACUCCUUGCGCUUCCACUGUGACCAACAGGCCGAACAGAAGAAGAAAAAGAGGCACAGCAGCACAGGAGACAGUGUGGAUGGGCCCACCCCCGCAACUGGGAGUGCCUCUGGAGAGAGAGGGCCUGAAGCCACGGGCCUCAAGCAUGGCUCGUCCCUUCCCCAGGAGAGAAAGCCAGCCCUAUCGCCUCGGAAGGACUCUGCUGAAAGCCAUUCUAGCGGUCACUAUGUUGUUGUAGCCCAGUCUGGUCUACCACCGGCCAGUGGCCAGACCCCAGCUCCAGAGCAAGACAAGGCAGCAAGCAAAAUGCCAUCCAUGCAGAAGCCGGCCCUGGCUCCCAAGCCUGCCAGCCAGACCCCACCUUCAUCCCCACUCUCCAAAUUGAGCAGACCUCACAUAGUAGAGCUUCUUGCUAGGCGAGCUGGGAAGCUCGACUCCGAGCCCAGUGAGACUGCCAAGGAGAGCAGUGAUAACCAGCCACCCACACCAUCCCUGCCGGAGGAGCUGAAGGGGCAGAAGAGGGAUGAGAAAGAUGUGCCAGAAAAGAAGCCCGCUUCCCCGCCUCUGCCAGCCAGUCAGCAAGAGAGACCUUCGCUAACUCCUGAAACAGAGAAACCUGUGCUUCAGAGCAGGCACUCUCUCGAUGGCUCCAAGGUGACAGAGAAAGUUGAAACUGCUCAGCCGCUGUGGAUAACAUUGGCACUCCAGAAGCAGAAGGGAUUCCGAGAGCAGCAAGCAACUCGGGAAGAGAGGAAACAAGCCCGGGAGGCCAAGCAAGCAGAAAAGCUCUCCAAAGAGACCGUCGGUGUCAGCCUACAGCCCGGAGGCAGCCGGGCAAGCAAAGCUGCUCCCGUGCACAAACCUGCUGCUCCGUCUGAAGAGAAAAAGCCAGAAACGGCUGUGUCCAGGCUGCAGCGCAGAGAACAGCUGAAGAAGUCCAACACUCUGCCCACGUCUGUGACAGUGGAGAUCUCAGACUCUGCGCCCUCAGCACCACUGGUAAAAGAGGUCACCAAGAGGUUCUCCACCCCAGAUGCUGCCCCCGUGUCCACAGAACCUGCCUGGCUGGCUUUGGCCAAAAGGAAAGCAAAGGCCUGGAGCGACUGUCCGCAAAUUAUUAAGUAAACAGUGACUUUUAUCCACGUCCUCGGCCAGUUGUUGGCUCUUCUCUUGCCCUUUUUAUUUAUUUAUUUUUUUAUAUGAGGUUAAUGGAACCAGGCUAGGGAAAAGAAGCAUGCUCUCUAGGCUCCAAAAUAAUGUUUAGAAACAGAACUGGUGGGGUUCGUUGUAAAGAGUGUAUUUGCACAACCCUGGGUCCUGGUGCCUUGAGCUCCCCCUAGUUCUCAAGAGACAGUUUUGUCUGAGGGACCACGAGAAGCAAAAUCUGCAAGUGAGAGCUCUUCAGGAGAGCGCCAUGCCCACCCAUGGCCUUCACAUAUGCACACCCAUGUACCAUUUCAGAACAUGUCCUUUUGCCAAGCUUUGUAAAUCGUUUUGUUUUUUUGAUUCUCUUCUAUUCCAAAACACUGACCCUACUAUGUUUGCAUAUGUAACAGUGACAGGUUCACAUGUACAUUAAACAUGGUGUCACUCUCCUGAAUGCAGGAACUGGAGAAAUAAGGAAAAAGCUGGCUCCCAACUCUGUGCCUAUGUCUGGUUUUCAUGAAUUCCCCCAACCCUAAAAACCACAACAUAGCAAACCCACUCUCACUCCUACUAUGCUUGGUCCGUGGUGUGCCCCGUCUAACCCCCUUUAAAGACACAUGGACCAUUUGGCCUCGCCGGCUCCUAAGGGACGUUUGUAUUUAACCUGGUGAGAACAGGGAUUGUGUGUCAGACUUGUCUCCGAGAAUCUCUCCGGAGUGCAUGGGCUCACCUGCAGCCCGGGCUGCAGCGCAGGCUCUGGGAGCAGAGGAUGGGCUUAGAAUAUACAUUUUUAGGAAACUCUUCAGAUGUUAUAACCCAAAGGUUAAGGACCUUGGGAGUAGACUUGGUUUUUGUCAUUGAGCUUUUCAGAUACGAAGGGAAGGCUUGCUCCACCUGAAGAUGCAAAAGUGAGACAAGAAAAUAAAGUCGUCACCUCACCCACACCAGCCAUGUAUGUACGAUAGUUUAGGUUGCUGGCCUUCCAUGCCCCUCAAGUUUUCCCUUGGCUGUUAGGGGAAAUGAACAAGCCAAGAUGUGUAACCUAUUUAUACUAAGGACUUCCAGCAGAGAAUUUUUCUUUUUUCCUUUAAUGUACUUGAAUAAUUCAGAGUCGAAUGUUCCAAAGCAAUUACAAUUUAGAGCAUUCACCUUGAUACCUUUAAAAAAAGAAGCAUCUCAGAGUUUUACGUGGCCUUGUUAUCACACACAUGUGCAUACAAAGAAGGGACUUAGCAGUUUCAAAGCCACAUGUAUUCAUUUCUCUAGAUUUGCUUUACGUGACACUAGACAUCCCAGCAAAUGUCCUCGCGCUGCUGGCACUAGCUCUGCAUUUCAUGCUGUUGACUUAUUUUCCUUUUCAUAGAUUCUUACCCUAAAAUGUAGGUGCGGAUUCUUUGCCCAGGGCAGUGGGGGGAGAUUACACCCUUCUUCCUCCCGCGCUAACAUGUCUUAUAGCAUCCAUUCCUACUUCUCCUCUGUGCUGACUCAAUAUGCAAUGUGCUAUUAUUCUGUCUACCCUACAGGAUGACAGGGAUGCUGUUUGCCAUAUAGAAACCAUGUUCUCUCUAGAAACAAUAGCUCAGCUUCAUGAAGCAGCUGGCAUGUGUGGUCAAGUGGAUAGCUGUACUAUUGCAAGUUGGAUUUAGUAUUAUAUAUACUGGACCUUCAGACUGUUAAGAAUCAAUGUAACUUUUUUUUUUUUUUUUACUGUUAUCGUAAGCAACUAAUAUUCCACUGCACGUUUCCCACACUGGUGUUCAUUCCUAACUUUUAUGUGUAGACAAUUGUUAGUUCAAUGAUUUCCUCACUGAUAUAACACUUCUGAGUGGUAAUCUCUCCACCCAAAGCCCUGGAAUGAUAGUGCUACAGUGAUUCUUCCAAAUGACUUCUCCCUUCCUUCCUGCCAGCUUUGGCCAGUACCACAGUCAUGGCAGGAAACAGGUACAGAAAUGAGAUGAUUAAGAAAAUAACAGGGCUGGCGUGGUGGUACAUGCCUUUUAUCCUAGCAUUUGGGAGGCAGAAGCAAGUGGCUCUCAAAGUGUCCAAGGCCAGUCUGGUCUACAUAAUGAGCUCCAGGCCAGCCAAGACUACAUAAUGGAGACCCUUGUCUUAAAACAAAGAAAGAAUAGUAGAUGCAUUCAUUGUGACUCAAUACCACGAGCCCAUACACAGCACAAGAAACAGCUUAGUUAAAGAUGCCCCACUAAUAUCUUGGGAAGAAGAAUCUACUGAGGAAAAGGCAGUUGUCAUACUUGCUAAAGAGUACAUGUUUAACAUUUUUAUUAAAAUCACUCCAAGCCUGCACUAAAUACCAAUCAAGUGUUAUUCUGUUCUAUUUCUGUUGCGCUCUUUGAACAACAAACUGUGGGGAAAUUCUGUGAAAACAAAAAAUUCUUUUCCUUUUUUUAAAGAAAUGAAUGACUGCUGUAUUAAAUAUACGAAUAUACAAGCUUUUUUUUUUUUAAAUUUAAACACUUCUGGCAAGGUUAUAGAUGAUUAACCUCUGUUCAUAGACUUAUAUAUGGAAGUAGAGUUUUUGUUUACUUUGAAACUGUUUCAAGUGCAAUUGUUUCUUAUAAAACAUGGUCAAUUACCAUUAAAUUCUCAUUUUAGCUGGUUAUCUGCAAAUAUAUAGUAUGUAUCCACUGUCUCUUCUUGUGAUGUUUAGUUUGCUUAUUUUAAAGCAGCAACAUUAGCUACGAGUGUCUUGCAAUAUUUUUACCAACAAUAAAAUUAAGUAGAUACUUAAUAAAAAAAAUCCUUAGUGUGAUUUUAAUAUUAUUUUGAGAUUUUGGUUGAGUACAGUUUGAAAUAUAAAAAUGUCCCAUUAUUUAAGGGAUAAGACCUUUCAAUAAAAUACUGACAAGAUCU